GGCGGGGCGGCCUGGCGGGCAGGCCAGCGCCGCCGGCCCGGGGGGAGCGGGCCCGAGAGCCGGAGCCCGCGGCCGCCUCGGCGAACCUGCCCGCGCGGCGCCGGGGAGGAGCCCGGGGCGGUGGCGCGGGGCGCGCGCGCUUGGCGAAGGCGCCCCCUCCAGGGCCGUCUGCAGCCUGCGGGACGGGGCUGAGUGCCGGCUGGCCUGGGCGGUGAGUUCCAGAAGCUUGCUCUUUCUAAGACGGGAGCCUCUUCACCUCCCCCGGACACACGCACACGCAGACGCGGGCGCGCACACUGGCGCGCAGCACCGGCCGGCUCCGGGUCCGCGGCCUGAUUGGAGAGCCAGCCACUCGCAGCCUGGCGGAGGACGCGAUGCUGCUUGGGUGCGCACCGGUGCUGCCGAGUGCCGGUCCGGCUCCCAUCUCUGGUCCGUGCUCUGGGGCAGAGCCACCUCCCCACCCCCAGGCUCGGUUCCCUCCUCUGCCCGCUUCCAAGCGCUGCUGGAGCAUGAAUCAUGACGGCGGUGCCAGUGGAAGCCCUGGGCGGGCUCCCAGGCUCUACACCCAUGUUGGCAAUUAUUGAAGUUUAAUUCUUAUGCUUCAUGGCCCCGCUUUUAAAGGCUGGGGGAUGUGCAACAUCUUGCCUCAGACAAACACCCAACACUGGAUUGCCCGGAGGAGGGGCGGUUUUGCGUGGGUACCUCUUUCCGGCUUAGGGACGAGCUGCUGGGGUUACCCCCCGCAGAGCCCCCCGGUCCCACAUCCCCGUGCGUUCCGCAGAUGCGCACUGUAGAUCCUGGCCCAUGUCAGGUGCUGCUCCCGCCUCCGGGCCACCUGAGGUCUGGGAGACAGACCCCACCCCACCCCCGGAAGGAGUUUGCAGUUCCCAGGCCCCCGAUUUCUCACCAGGAGGAACCGGAGGACCUUUCCUCCCAGCAGAGCAGAAAGGCACCCAAGCCCGCUGACAGCUCUCUCUGCGUCUUCAGGCCUUCCGCCUCGACUGCUUUCCGUCUGGGGCAGAGGGAGCCUCACAGAGGUGGGUGCAGUGUAUGCGGUCAAUGCUCUGGGGCACAGCCCCUGGCCUGGACAUGAGGCUGUCAAGGAAGGCUUCCUGGAGGAGGUGACCUGUGCGCUGUGUUUGAAGAGUGACCGGAGUUAUUCGGGAGGGAGCGCCCCCUCUUGGUUGUGCGCCCUGCGGUGGGGGUGGGGUUUGGGAUCCCAGAAGGGACGGGGCGGUGGUUGGAUGUGGCUUUGGAGAGCCGGCCUUCUCCGAGCAGCGGGACCUCCCCGUGGGCCUCCUCCUGCCCACGAGGCUCCGUCUCUGGAGGAGCACUUUCAGGGCUGCGUCCAGAGUCCCAGCUCCACUCGAUACCUCGCGUGCGUGAGGAAUUUGGAGGGAAAGGACACCAAGCCCCCGUGGGGCCCAAAGCAGACAGGACAUCCCACUGCCCCGGCAGUGGCUCUCCGGCCAGGCCAGACUGGGGACACCUGGAGUGCCUGGCUGGCCAAGCAACCCAGGCCCCUGGGGAUGCCUGGCCGGGCUUUUGACCUCAGGCAGCAGACAUGGCACUGCUGGCAUAGCCUGGGAAGGGGCAGGAGGAGGCGCCUCUCCUGGGGGCCCAGCCCCAGAGCUGCGGGGACGGAGGGCUGAGUCCCUGAGGAGUCCUUGCGUAGAGGGCUUUGUCUGGGCUUCAGGGCCGCACCGAAUGCAGGUCUGCUUGCAGGCACCGGAGGCCCCAGGGACCGAGCUGUUCGCAGAGGAACGGGAGAGGCAUCUUAGCCCAGGCACUGAGACUGGGGUUUGACGAGCUGCCCCCCACUGCCCUGGAACAGGCCCGACAGUGUGCGCCCAGAAAGACUGCCUGCCUGGCGAGUCGUGGUGGCCUGGCCCGGGCUUGGCUGGACCAGGACGGGUGUGGGAGCCAGGCCGCACUGGUGGGCGGUGGGCACGUUGGGGAGGGGGUGUGGGGCAUCUCAGAAGGAAAACCGCAGGGAAGUGGAGCAUCCUGGGGCUGCCACCGUGGACUUGCCACCAUCCCACCCGUGACCCAUGGCCGUGGCACCUUGUGUCCGGGGCCCGCUGCUGUGGGCGGAAUCGGGGCACGCAACUGCUGGGCGCGGUGCUCUGCUCUGCGAAGGGCCUCCACUCAGGUGGAGGGGGCCUUGUCUCCUCGAACCAGCUCCCUGCGCACACGGGUGUACUGCACACAUGUGUGAUGCACGCACACACACGUAUGCAUGUGUGCCCAUGCUGCAUCCUCACCAGCCACACACCAGACCAUGCAGAUGCACACCUGCUUCCAUGAGUGUGCAUGCACGCAUAUCCAUGUGUGCAUGUAGCGCACAUACACAUGUACCUGCCCCUGCAGGCAGCAUGCACGCAUACCCACCCACGUGUGCACACACACAUCUCCAUGCACACGCACGUCUCCAUGCACACACAUAUGCUGCAUACACACAUGUCCACACAUGCACAUACAGUCACACGCACGCCAUGUGCACACAUGCAUGAAUUGGGGUGCCUGCCUCAGUUGUGCAAGUGCACAUAUCCGUAUGCACCAGGGCAUGCACAUUGCUGCACACACCCACUCUGUGCCAGCACACACCCGCACACCCACACAUGUGCACGUGCCUGUAGCCUCGCUCGCCUUCCUAGGCUGCAGGGAGAUUGUAUUUCCAUCACCCCGUGGCAGGUGGCUCCUCCCAGGUUUCGUCGGCCUGCCCCGUGUGAAGCGUCCUCCAGCUCGCUCCCUCUAGCCUGGGGCCCCUUUGUCACCGCCUUCAUCACCGCCUGCCAUGGUUCCGGGCCUUGGCACGUGCCCUCCUCCAGGCUGGCCACGCUGUCCUGUCUGUCCCUUGGACUCUUCUGUCCCUUCAAAACAUGUUGCCCCAGAUGCCUCCCUCGGAGGCCCCGGGCUUCCAGGCCGCAGUGGGGCCCUUCACUGGCCUGGGUGCCACCACCAGACCGCGUCUCUCUGCCGUGGGCACUUGAGGGGAGAGGCCGUAUCUCUGCGGAGCCGGGCUCGCAGCUCAUAGUGGGAACUCAGUCACAGCGUGGCAGAGGGAUGGAUGGUACGAAGGGCCUGGGGUCCUGCAUACGCCCCAGCCGCCCCAGCUGCCUGCAGUGUAGGCGGUGCAGGUGGAGCCCAGCAGAGCGCAGUGCUGCCUCGCACAGAGCCGCCCAUGCCGGACCCAGCGUCCCCCGCCAGCGGGCCCUUUCUGCCCCCUUCCUGUGGAAGUUAUGAGCUUAAGCCUCCUCUCACCCCCUUGCUUGCUGUCUGGCAGCCUGGACCCCCGCUGCCUCCCGGGACUCAGUGUUCCCAUCUGUAAAGUGGGGGUAUUGGCUGGAUGGAAGCUCCGUGCCUGCCUCGAGCUCCUGGGGCUGGUGUUUCGUCUGCCUGCGCCCCUGCCCUCGGUGGCUGCCUGCAGGGACGAGGAGAGCCCUUCCAGCAGGGUGGCUGGUGCAGCAGCGGAGGGGAGGCCUGGCCCACUAGACUCCAGACCAAACAGCUUGUGUCUCCAUUUUUCCCCACUUUUAUUCGAAAUUUCAUUUUCAGAGAUGAGGCGGGGAAAAAUGAGGCUGGCUUCUCUCCCUGCCCCUCCCUAAAGAAUUCCAGAACCACUUUGUCUUGUCAGAGGGCGGCUGGGAUCCGCCGGCCGGGCCUGGCCCUCCGCGCAGACCGAAUCCAUUGCCGUAUCGAUCACUUUGAUGGAUUUGGCACAGCUGAGUUCUUCCAGAGCUGGCGGAAGUCCCUCUGGGGAAAGAACUGCUUUGGGAACCGGCUUUGAUUUGCAGUGGGUGUAACAGAGGAAGGCAGCAGGUCAGUUCCUCUGAUUGAGCACCAGCUGUGUACCCCACCCAGCCUGGGACCCACUGGGGUUCAAGCUUGCUCCCCGCCCCCACCGCCCAUCCUGGCUCUCCCCUCUGCGGCCGGUUCCAGGCUUGAGCGGUGCCCCUUCCAGGGCCUCGCUGCUGCCCAGAUGCCUAAGCCUGGCAUUCCAGGCCCUCCUGGCCUGGCCUCCUCUGGGCUCGGGCUGACUAGCUGUUCCCUUGGGACCUACCCUGCGGGUGCUCGUGAAUGGCAGUCUGAGAGCCCCCCACCACCUGGCCCCGGUCAGCGGCUGACCUGCCAGGUCUCCACGAUGAGGUGCCCAGAGCUCUCAGCCCAGGGUGCCCAGGCGCGGCCCCACCCCUGUUGCCUCGCCCUGGGCCUGGAACACCUGCUUCUGACUUGGCUGCUCACCUGCCUGAGCAGGUGGGAGGCACGGCUCCACGCUCCCUCCGCACCAGGCUCCCUGGAAUCCCCCGCAAGGUUCCGUGGCCGGUGGUAGCACCCGGGUCCCUGGGCCUCUCCUGGAGUCACUGCCCCAGGAAGCGUCCUAAUGCAGCCUCCGCCCCUACUCCCAUCUGUCCCUUGGCCCUGCCCAUCCGCCGUGCUCCCGGUAGCCACCCUUAGGCCAGGGCCUGUCCUGAGCCGUCUGUAGGCGAUGGGCCAGUUCACCCUCUUUGUGUCCCUUCAGGGCGUGUGCUGCAUGGCCGUCCCUUUCUGCAGGUGAAGGUAGGGGCCCAGGUUGCCCCAGGUCAUGUGUGGUCCCCUGUCUGGCUGUCACGUGCCUGCUGUCCACUCACCUUUGCCUCGCCCGUCCCCAGCCGCUGGCUUCGGUCAGUGGGGGCGCUUUGGAAGGGCUCUCUGGGGAAGGGGCAGUUAAGCAGAGUCCCAGAGGGAGGGCACCUGAGGGCCUGAAGUGACCCCGCCCACAAGUCUGCCCACCCCUCCGGGGGCCCUCCCUGCCCUCCUGGGGCUGGAGCUCUAGGCCUGGCCCCUCAUCGCCUUUCCAAGCAUCAGAGUUCUCCUGGGAACACGAGACCUUGGUGCCGGCCUGGCAGGUGUCCCCUGGGCACAGCAGCUCAGGGCUGGGCGUGGACGGUGGCCAUUGUCUGUGGAGGGCUCAGCACCACUCAGGCCCAGCCCAGGGCACCAGGCACAGGCCUGACCUCCAGGGAGAGGCCAGGAGGCCAAAGGAGCACCUGCUGGGCCCGAGGGGACUUCUUCCCUGCCUGGGGCUCAGGGAGGACUUUCUGGAAGGUGUUGGGGCUCAGCUCAGACCAGAGGGUGAGGAGGCAGCAGCCUGUCCAAAAGGUGGCACAAGCUGUGGGCCCGGCGGCUGGCGCUUCCCCCCUCACCCCAAGGAGAAGGAUUCUCAGACGGCCCCCAACGACCCGGCCCUGGGACAGCCCCUCCCAAGCGUGAACGUUGGGGACAUCACUGCCCUGGCUCGGCCCCUAACCAGGUGCCUUCGUGUUAACAAAGCAGAUUAUCCCGGCGGGCCUGACCUGAUCAGGCGAGCCCUUUAAAACGUGCUCUCCCGCUGGCCACAAAGAGGAAGCAGUGCUGUGAGAGGCAGCCCCAUGGGGCUCUGGGGAGCUGAGUGAGCCCCUGAGCAAGAAAGGCCACCUCGGCCACCCAGCCUCAGGGGACGGAAUUCUGCCAACAGCCUUGUGAGCCUGGACAGGAUCUCUGGGCCUCAGAUGAGCAUGUGGCCUCAGCUGACACCUGAUUUCAGCCUCCAGGCCAUGAGCAGAGGAGUCAGCUAGCCUGUGCUGGACUCCUGGCCCAUGGAAACUGUGAGAUACAAAUGUGUGUUGUUUUAAGCUGGUCAAUUUUGAGUACUUUGUUACACAGCCCAGGUGACGAAUACACCUGCAUACCUGGUUUGUUCUGGUGGGGGAGCAGGGAUGUGCCAGGAAAGGAGAGCCCCUUCCCAGCCCUGGGGGGAGAUGGUGACACUGCUCAGCCUAUUGUAAUGGACCCCUUUCCCUUCCCCAGUGGCUGGAGGGGAAAGGUCGCAUGACCCAGUCCCGGCCAGUAAGAGCUCCCUGAGGACAAGCAAGAGAGGUACGAGAAGACUCACUGCCUUCCCACCUGUUUGGUCAUGUGUGAGGAUGUGAUGCCUGGAGCCGCAGCAGCUCUCUUGGGACCAGGAGGAGCUGACUCCAAAGAUGACAACCCUCAGAGGACAAAGUCUGUGUCCCUAAUGCUGUUGGUCUUGAGCCUCUAAAGGAACUCACCCUGCCGCCAGCCUUUGGCCAGAUUUCUUGCCAAGGGAGGCACUGAGUGGCCUCAUUAUUCAAGGGCUUUGGGGAGGAGGGUUCCGCUGCCGUUGAAUGUACCCUCGUGGAUUUGCUGUCCCCAGCUCGAUCCUGCCUCCUUUGAGAAUCACUGUGCCAGGCUGUGGUAGACAAAAUAACACACCCGAAGACAUCCAUGCCCUAAUCUGGAAAACGUGGGCCUGUGUGACCUUACAUGGCAGAAGGGACUCUGCUGAUGAGAUUAAGCUCAGGCCUCUGGGAUGCGGGUUACUCUGGAUUAUCCAAGUCAACCCCACGUAUAAUCCCGAGGUCCUUCCGAGUGAAUGAGGCAAGCGGGUUGGCAUUGGAGGAGAUGUGGCAGCAGAAGCAGAGGGCGGAGUGAUGGAAGGAGGGCCACGAGCCCAGGAGUGCGGGCUCCUCUAGACGGGAAAGACGAGGAGACGGAUCCUUGAGAAUCUAGAGACCAGCCCUGCCAGGCCAUUUGUGCUUCUGGACUCUAGAACCAUGAGAUAAUAAAUCUGUUGUUAGAA